GGCCCAUAGAUGUGGAUUAUUUUUCCCCAGCUCUGAGCACCGCGUCUGAGGCUUGGCCUGCACCCAGACCUAUCCGCCUAUUCAACAGACGUUCCGUAAGCACCGUCGUAGCCAAGCACUGUGUAGACCCUGUCCAUCUUGGCAGCUCUGGGCUUAGGGAAGGAGGUGCCUGGAGUGAGACUGCUCUCAGCUUUCAAGCCUCCGUUGUGUUCCCAUUUUCCUCGGUUCGAUUCUUCUCUGGGUCUCAGUUUCUCCAUCUAUGGCACUCCCCACUCUGCCCUCUUACUGGUGCAGCCGGAGGCUUCUGGACCAGCAGAUGGCCCGACAGCGACACCGAGAGCAGGAGGCCCGGCUUCGGCAACAGUGGGACCAGAACAGCCGCUACUUCAGGAUGUCUGAUAUCUGUAGCUUCAAACAGGCUGAAUGGAGCUCCAAGACCUCCUACCAGCGGAGCAUGUAUGCCUAUCAGAGAGAGAAGUUGAAGGAGGAGAAGAGGAAGCAGCUGGAAGGCAGGCGGGACAGACUCAGGCAGCUGCUGCUGGAGGAGCAGGACCUGCUCGCCAGAGAGCUGGAGGCACUGCGGCUAAGCAUGGACUUGCGGGAGGGAAGGAUCCGGGAGCGGCAUGGCAAUCUGAAGUCGGCCCGAGAAGAGCAGAGGAAACUGAUUGCUGAACAACUUUUAUACGAACACUGGAAAAAGAACCACCCCAGACUUCGAGAGAUUGAAUCAGCCCUGCACAAGGAGCAUGUGAUAAACUCUUGGAAAAUGCAGGAAGAAGAAAAAAAACAGCAAGAAGCCACCAAAGAGGAAGAGAACAAACGGUAUGAAAAUGAGUAUGAACGGGCCCGAAGGGAAGCGCUGGAGCGGAUGAAAGCAGAAGAGGAAAGGAGGCAGUUGGAGGGCAAACUCCAGGCGGAGGCGCUGCUCGAGCAGAUGGAGGAGCUGAAGCUGAAGGAGAAGGAGGCCACCAAACUGAAGAAGGAGCAAGAGAAUCUGCUAAAGCAGCGGUGGGAGCUGGAGAGGCUGGAGGAAGAGAGGAAGCAGAUGGCAGCCUUCCGGCAGAAGGCAGAGCUGGGACGCUUUCUGAGACAUCAGUAUAAUGUGCAGCUCAAUCGGCGUACGCAGCAGAUCCAAGAGGAACUGGAGGCGGACAAGCACAUCCUGCAGGCGCUCCUCGAGAAGGAGGAUGAGAACCAGCGCAUGCACUUGGCCAAGAAGGAGCAGGCCCUGGCUGACGCAGCGUGGAUGAAACAGGUCAUCGAGGAGCAGCUGCAGCUGGAGAGGGAGCGGGAGGCAGAGCUGCAGCUGCUGUUGAGGGAGGAAGCCAAGGAGAUGUGGGAGAAGAGAGAGGCGGAGUGGGCCCGGGAGAGGAGCGCCCGAGACAGACUGAUGAGCGAGGUUUUGACAGGAAGACAACAACAAAUACAAGAAAAGCUUGAACAAAACCGACGAGCACAGGAGGAGUCCCUGAGACACAGGGAGCAACUUAUUAAAAAUCUUGAAGAAGCAAGAGAGUCAGCUCGCCGUGAGAAAGAGGAGAGUGAAGAACUGAAAUCGGCCAGGAAACAGGAGCUGGAGGCCCAGGUUGCACAGCGGCAGCUGCAGGCAUGGGAAGAGGACCAGCAGCAGGAGGAGGAAGAAGAAGAGGCGAGGCGGGCAGAGCAGCUCAGCGACACCCUGCUACAGCAGGAAGCGAAGAUGAUGGCCGAGCGGGGCUACCGGCCCAAGCCCUAUGGACAUCCCAGAAUUGCUUGGAACUGACUCCAUUGGUACCAUAAGCCCAGAGAGAGGGAUGCUGAGGCCUUCAAUAGCAGGCACCAGACAGUUGUACCGCGUUCCGGUCGAAUAUUCGGGUCACUGCGAAAUGGUUCAGUGAGCCUCUUCAGGUCCACAGUUAAACAGAGCAAGGGCCUCACCAGAUGAAGGUGUUGUGAGUAGGCAGCACCCAGCAGGAAGCCCCUUCCUGCCUUUCAUAUCCAAGGAUGGGGCUCCUGUAGUCACACGCUGACAGUGCUGUCACACAGUCCCCUCCUAGACUGCACCUGCGCUAGGAGCUGUGGGGUAUGUCCUAUUGCAGGAUAUAUGGUUUCCUGUUGCCUCACGCUAAUUGUCAACCUCCAGUGAAGAGUCCCUCUGGGAGAAGUUUCUCAGUUUUUAAACUUGCUAUUUUAAUUUCAUUAUUCUGUUGAGAACAGACUCGUAAGUCUUGAUGCAGUUUAUUUCAGGGUUUAUUAAUUUAGUGGUCCCCCAAGGAUCAUGUCUUGUUUUCUGGAAGAAAAAAGCUAUGAAACUCUGAGACAGUCUGAUGUGCUCCACAGAUGCUUUCUGGAAAGGUGGCAAGAAGUGGGCCUUUCCUCCUUCAGGAAAUGUUUGGUAGAAUUCCCAAAGAGAGCCCUGUGUGGGUGAUCCCAACGUGGAUGUUACUUAGCCCCAGAAGGGAGCCUCAAAAGGCCACCUGGGUGGCUAACCUUUUGGCUGACACUUUGGACCUCUCGUGUUUUGGGAAGGUCUUGGCAGCAUGCAGCCUCUGUGCCCAGAGGAAGGAGCCCUUAGCGUGAAAGAAGUAGAUCACACUCAACCAGAUAGGCCAGAACUUCCUCUUCCCACUGUUCUAUUAAAGUGACAGAGUUCUAGAUUCAUCUCUGCAAGGAGUACAAGAUCCCUGCAGCAAUAAUCAUAUUUUUAUGACUUGUAUUUUUUUUUUCAGAUUCUUCCUCUGAGGUUUCAGUUUUAUUAUAUUGUAUUUAAGAUUGCACGUCUCAGUAAAUUACAGCUAAUUAUAGGGCUACAUGCCAGGUUAUUAAAAACCAGAGUUUAUUAGAAAAACUCCUGUGUGUAAGGGCUACAUUGCCUUCUACAUCCAUUGUGCUAUAAAACAAAAUGAUAUAUUUUUCAUUUUCUUGUCUUGAAUUUCUUUGGCUAUGAUCUCCUGAGCACCACUUUCAUUAUGCUUGCUCGUAUUUGCUUCCCCUGUUCAGAUGUUCAUUUAUUGUGAAAUAAAGUUCUGGUGUGACA